AAGCUGCGGACUCAAGCACAAAACCUCAAGACGGAGGUGCGAGUUCUUCGCGAACAAGUGCAGAAGCUCGAGUUUCAGCUGCAGAUGAUAUCCCCUCGAAUCAUUGAAAACACGACCCCGUGGAACGUUGUAGCGGAGUAUUUCCGGCUCUUCCGGUUCGUCUUGACGGCAUCUGCUUGUGUGUAUGAAACUCGUAUGCACCGCGACUUCCUGCGGAAUACUAUGGCCCCAGGUGUGAUUAUCGAUGAUGACCAAGGCGUGAAGACGAUGCUCGAGCGCUGGAGCGCUCGUGUCGAUUUCGCAGCCGAACUUUGA